CUCUUCCUCAGCAUCCUUCCUCCCUCCCGCCCCCGGGCCGGCUCCGCCCCGCCUCCCCCCCCGGGCACGCCGAGAGCCGGGUCCCCGCCGCGACUCGCCGCCCUCCGCGCUGACCCCGCGCAUCCCAUCCCGGGCAGGGGGUCACCGAGAGGCCGGGGCGCGCAGAGCCCAGCCCCGCCAGCCGCCGAGCCAGCAGCCCCGCUUAAAUACCUCCGCACCCGCCUCCCCGAGCCGCACAGCUCGCCGGGCGAGGAGCCGACAAGAGGCAGCCUCCCGCCGCCGCCACCGCCGGGGAGCCGCGCUCGCGAACCGCUGCCGAGGAGCAGAGACAGGGCCGCCCCAUGCCUGCGCACUUGCUGCAGGAGGAGGAGUUCUCCUCCACUUCCAGCACCACUGCUGUUGGCACUGUAACCUCCCGGGUGACCAGGAAUGGGAAUGCCGUUGUGGAGAAGAACUUACUCAACCAUGAGGACUUGGCAGGAGAUCGGGGCAUGAUAGAUGACCUCUUUGAUGAGACCUACCGGGAGAAAGAGGGCCCCAAGCCCCCCCUGCGAUACGUCUGGAGGAAUAUCAUCCUCAUGAGCCUGCUGCACCUGGGGGCAAUAUUCGCGUUGACGCUGAUACCAUCUGCAAAGAUCCAGACAUUGGCAUGGGCCUUUCUGUGUUUCCUGCUGAGUGCUCUGGGAAUCACAGCUGGAUCUCACCGCCUCUGGAGUCAUCGGUCCUACAAAGCCACACUGCCCCUGCGGAUCUUCCUGACUAUUGCAAACUCCAUGGCCUUCCAGAAUGACAUCUAUGAGUGGGUCCGAGACCACCGUGUCCAUCACAAGUUCUCCGAGACGGAUGCGGACCCACACAAUGCCAUGCGGGGGUUCUUCUUCUCCCACAUUGGGUGGCUGCUGGUGCGCAAGCACCCAGAUGUCAUCGAGAAGGGCCAGAAGCUGGACCUCAGCGACAUAAAGGCUGACAAAGUGGUGAUGUUCCAGCGCAGAUACUACAAGCCCUCAGUGGUGUUGCUGUGUUUCACGCUGCCUACUGUAGUGCCCUGGUACUUCUGGGAUGAAUCCAUCGUCAUCAGCUUCUUCAUUCCCGCCAUCCUGCGCUACACCAUAGGGCUCAAUGCCACUUGGCUAGUGAACAGUGCUGCUCACAUGUUUGGCAACCGGCCGUAUGAUCAGAACAUCAACCCACGGGAGAAUCCCCUGGUCAGCUUGGGGGCCCUAGGAGAAGGCUUCCACAACUACCACCACACCUUCCCCUACGACUACUCCACUAGUGAGUUUGGCUGGCGGUUCAACUUAACCACAGCCUUCAUCGACCUCAUGUGCCUCCUGGGGCUGGCCAGCGAUCGCAAGAAGGUCUCCAAGGAGGUCAUUCUGGCUCGGAAAAUGCGGACUGGAGAUGGGAGUCACAAGAGUGGCUGAGUUCCUGCUCCCUUUCACACACACACACACAUCCACACCUCUCCUUCCUCCUUUUUUCUCCCUUUCUCCCUUCCUGACCCCUCCAAACACGCUGGACAAAGGUUUAAUGUUCUGUUUACUAACUACUGAAUAAUGCUACCAGUUUGCUUAAGAUAAUGAGUUUUAACGCCCCCCUCCCACACUGUAUUUUACAUGAUGUAUUUAAGAUCUAGGACUCUGCCUUUAUAACGCCAGGCCACCCCUUCCCUUCCCUCCUUUUCCUUUCUGUUUUUUCUCUCCAGCCCCUCUAACCUGCUUUACAUUGUCCCAGUCUCUCCCUGGCAGAGAAGCUGGUAGGAAGUGGCCUGGGGAGGCCCAUUGCAGCUGGCUAUGUGCCAUUUAGUUAAGGGAAGCCUGUACCAGCCAGAUGAAGAGUAGAGCCAAAGUCAGUGACCCUCUCCCCACCACCUUCCCCCCAAAAUUCCUGCCUCUGUCCCUCCUCCUUUCUCAAGGGCUGCUGACUGACGUGACAUGGCUAAACAUGGCUCCUUGGGAAAAGCAGCCCCAUCUCCUUCUCUUGCCAUCAGAAAGAGAGUUGUCUCUUUCCAAUAAGUCUCUUUGGAAGUGUUCUCUCCUGCUCCCCACCACAUAGCCCCUUUGGAUGGGGAGAGAACAGUGCCCAAACUCUUUCAGAGCUCCAGCCAGAUUCACUAGCGGUGGGGGAUGUGGUAGCAGCAGUGGGCACUGGAGAGAGAGCGCUGGUGGCCUUAAUUCCUACUCCCUCUGGUGUCACAGCCUCCCUCCCUGCACUACCCACUGUGUCCUGUGCCACGAGGGUCUGAAGGUAGAGCAUGGCUCUGGGCUGCAUGGCCUUUUUGGAGAGCCGCAGUGAAGAGGAGGGCAGAUGGAGGGGUGUGCCACUGGCUGCCAAGGGGUGGCACCAGCCUGGAGUGGUUUUGUUCAUCUCCACUGCUGAGAUUUUUGCUGGCAAAUAGGACUUUGCCAAAAUGGAGAGGGGGAGAAGGAUGUAAACCAAAGCUCCACCUCUUGAGUUAAGCUGCUUUGUGUGUUGGAGGAACAGGGUCCCUGCUGGGUGGCAGGCAGAUGUGCAUGCCUGCCCUGCAGAUCCACAUCCUGUGCUGGGCACAGGGACAGGACAAGGGAGCACCUGCAAGUGCAGGGAGGAGUGAGGGUGUCCUCGGAGGCUCCACUCAACAAGUGCCUGAGAAACACCAAUGUGGGGCCAGGUGGCACAGGAGGCUCAAGGAAGUUGCCAGUGUGAGCUACCUCUGGCCUUUCCAGCCCAGGGUCCACUGUGUUGGUUUGCCAUUCCCUGCUGCUCAGAGGGAGUGGGAAGGAGAGGCAGAAACAGUUCCUUGUUAAUUCCUUAUCUUGCCUCCCAGCCCCCUUGGCGAGCCACCUUGGCACUUUGCUCCCUCGCCAGCGAGACAGGCAGUGAGGGCGGCUGAGCCUGUAGAAAGGUCAGUUACAUCACUGAGCCGAUGUGGGCACGCAGCGUGUGCUGGGGAAAAAAGUCCAUGUGGGUGUUGUUUCCUGCAAGUUUCAGAGACCAGCUUGAGUUCAGGCGGUCAGUUAGGUUCUGGAUGUCAUGGCCUCAAGCCCCUCACUGGGCUGAAUGUGCUUUUUUCCCCCCUUAACUCUCCCUGUUAUUAUUAAUUUUUAGUAGUAGUAGUAGUUGUAGCAAUAGUAUUGUUUUUGUUGCUUAAAUGCAUCAAUCGGAGCUGGAGGAAAGCACAAGAGGUAGCCAGAAUGAAGUGGUAUUGGAGUGGGGUUUGCAGCAUCUCCCUUUUUCAGGCAGGCCAGGGAGGGCAGAGAUGGAGUGAAUGCCAACUUCCUCGCCUCAGCUCUGCCACGUAGCAGCCAGGGACACUUCAUGGGAGCGAAUCUCUGCAGCUUUGCUUCCUUCUGCUGCUGUGAAACUCACCAGGAGCCAGGACAGCUCUGUGAUGUUCCCCUUAACAAGAACACACUUGUUACUCAGAAAAUAAGUCCUUCUUACCUUCCCCUCCCUGCCACCACCAUGACCUUGUUAUUGCUCAGCAAUGGGACCCUUCGAGGUUUUGAGCCAUCUGGAGUGAUGUGGACUUUAGCCAAGAGGAACAAGGAGAAACGGAGCAGAGAGUCCUUCAGCUCCUGGUUUCAGGAAACAGUGUCCUUACUGCUUUGAGGCUCUUGACUGCCUGGGUGCUAGCUGGGGCAAAGGAGGUUGUGGUUAGAGCUGUAUCCUUCCAUUAAAAAAAAAAAAAGAAAAAGCCUUCCAAAAAGAGAGAAACAGUGUUAGCUCUGUAAUUGUGGGCUAACUUCACUCUAGACUAAACCCCUCUGAACUCGUGGAAGUCCCUAGAGAGGAUGAAUUUGCUGCAGUCAGUAAUUUGAAAGGGGUGUGGGGAAGGGAGAAGGGGAGAAUGACUUCCUUGCUCCUGGUGCCCUUAAGAGUGAUAUACCCUACAGUAGAGAUGCAUGCUGUGAAAUACUGCAAUAUUUCACAUCCUCUCAGCAGAGAAGCAGGGCUUGACAUCAAGGGUUCCUUUCAAAUUUCAAGUGCUGAUUUGGGUCCAGAUUCUGGUAUUAGAGUGGAAAUUGAGGAGCAGUAACCAAACAGUCCUGGUGUUUGUCCAGUCACUUUAAAGGUAGAUUGGCAAAUAUCUCUGGGUGCCUUAAAUCUUUCUUUAAUAUACAUAGAAGUAUUGACAGCUAUUUGCCAUAUUUUUUUUUCCUGAAUUAUGAACAUUUGAGGGGUUUCUUAAUUAUUUAAUUGCCUACAUUGAACUGUGGGUGCAGGUGAUUUUGAAUGUAUUUGAGUUAGAAUUUUUGUUAGAUUAAGAAACAGAUACAACACUUCAAUUAGAAUUUUGUUUGAUAUAUAUAUAUAUAUAUACACACCUAUAAAUAUAUAUAUAUAUUUUUGGUGGCAUGUUUGUAUCCUGGACGCAUUGUCUGUAUGUUUAGCUUAAAUGAGUCUGUGAAAGGUGGAAGCAGAGAAUGCAGCAGUGGGACCUCACAGCUAAAGCAUCUGGGACCUGUUUCCAGUUUAGCAACUCGUUCACUGCGUGAUUUGGGACAAAGUCACUUAAAAACUCUCUGUGCCUCAGUUUCCCUAUCUGUAACAGGGAGUUAUGCCCUGCCUCCCAGAGGUGUGGUGAGGCUCACUGCUGAUCAGCCAAGCAGAGGAAGUACCACACACACCACUGCUGGCAGAAGCAUGGACUGGUUUGUUUUCCAAAACCAUUCCCAGCCCCGCUGGUAUUGUGAAGAGCAGAUGUCCAAGUGUUGGAUGAUCAGGGAAGGAUUGGAAGGUUGAAUCUGCACAUUGUCUAAGCUCUGUCACUGUUGAAAUGUGAGUAGGAUACGAUUUUUCACAGCUUAGGGAUUUCUGCAUAGUAGUAUCUCUGUUUUGUGUACUGGAAAAGAAAAAAAAAUUUUUGAAAUAAUUUCUACUAAUAUGGAAACAGACAUCUGGUUGUGCUGAUCUGAAAUUUUAUUUGUUCAUAAUAAAAAUGAUAAAUGUUACUUUAAAA